CAAGCGAGGCGGGAGCCCGAUUCCACAAUCCGCUUCUUAUGUCCUCUGUGCUUGGAUCCUCAGCUCUUUCCGCAUUUGGCUGGGGUGCGUAAGAAGGGGCCGCCCGGAACGCGCGUGCGCGCAGGGCCCUCUGCAGUAAAUAGAAUACCCCGGGGGCGCGAGCGACGGGUCGUGAUUUUAUUUGGGUUUCAAUGGAGUCGGGAGCUUGCGAGAGAGCAUGAAGCGGUGCGUGGACAGGACCAGGCCCUGGGAUCUCCACUGGCUGCAGCCGUAGGAGUCUUCCAGCCCCAGCAGAAAAGUCUUCUCAGCAGCACGGAGACCUCCGUGAGCACUUCAAUGGAUGAUCAUGAUAUGUGCGUAGUUCACAUUAAUGCUAUUGUUUGUCCAACCAAGACUUGGAGUCAACUGGGAGGAGACUAAUUCGCUGAGCAGAGGAGCGGGGUGAAGUUAGAGCCGUGGCCUGUGGGGAAUUACCCAGGGAUGUCUGUGAAUUGUCGGCACGGCCGACCGAUCAAUCAACUCUCAUUUUCCUGCUGUCUUUCCCGUCUGCGACUACCAUGCUAAAUCAUGCAUGAGCUACGAGGACUCGAUAUGAAUGAUUAUUUCGUGUAAAAAAAAACAAACCGAAGGGAAGUGUUUCUGUUUUUGUUUUGAGAUUCAAGUGUGGUCGCCGUCGUUUGGAACUGAGGCCGAUGCUGAGUGUUAUGUCCAAAAGCCAUGCAGCAGCCUUAUGAUUUCUUCAGUGAGGAGAACAGUCCGAAAUGGCGGGGUCUGUUUGUCCCAGCGUUAGGCAAGGUCCAGAGGCAGGUACAUCCAACCCUCUCAGCAAAGGAAGAUGCCCUUUAUUACAUAGAAGAAUUGAUACUUCAGUUAUUAAAUAUGCUGUGUGUUGCACAACCACGUACUGUUCAAGAUGUUGGGGAGCGUGUUCAGAAGACUUUCCCACAUCCAAUUGAUAAAUGGGCUAUCGCUGAUGCACAGUCUGCUAUUGAGAAACGUAAACGGAGAAAUCCUCUUCUUUUACCAGUGGACAAAAUACACCCUUUAUUAAAGGAUGUGCUGGGUUAUAAAGUGGAUUAUCAGAUUUCCCUUUAUAUAGUGGCUGUGCUGGAGUACAUUUCAGCUGACAUUCUAAAACUUGCUGGAAACUAUGUUGGCAAUAUUCGACAUUAUGAAAUUUCACAGCAGGACAUUAAAGUAUCGAUGUGUGCAGAUAAGGUCCUGAUGGACAUGUUUGACCAGGAUGAUAUUGGUCUAUCUUCAUUGGGAGAUGAUGGGUCAAAUGUGACCGAUGAGCAGAAUUACUAUGACUUAGUGAAAGCUGAAAUUGCAGAGGAAAGGCAGUAUCUGCGUGAAUUGAAUCUUAUUAUAAAAGUCUUCAGGGAACCUUUUGCAUCCAACAACAAACUGUUUACUGCUCGUGACAUUGAUGUGAUCUUCAGUAACAUCUUGGAUAUUCAUGAACUGACUGUGAAGCUGUUGGGUUUAAUGGAGGAUACUGUUGAGAUGACGGAUGAAAGCAGCCCUCAUCCAUUAGUUGGAAGCUGCUUUGAAGAUCUGGCUGAGGAGCAAGUAUUUGACCCAUAUGAAGUGUGUGCACAAGACAUUCUUUCACCACAUUUUCAUGAGUACUUCAAUAAUUUGAUGUCCCGGUCACCUGUAGCCUUUUACUUUCAGUCUAUUGCUGAAGGAUUUAAAGAAGCUGUUCAAUAUGUACUUCCACAACUACUUUUAGUCCCAAUUUAUCAUUGCUUGCAUUACUUCGAUCUGUUGCAGCAACUACAAGAGAAGAGUAAAGAUGGAGAAGACAGGGAGUGUUUGAAACAAGCCAUUACUACUUUGCUGAAUCUCCAAUGCAGUAUGGAACGUAUCUGCAAUAAACAUCUUCCUAAACGCAGGGCGGGAGAACGUUUACCUCGCCUCUACAACCAUCAGAUGAGAAGUAAACAUCUUGCUAUCAAGAAAAUGAAUGAAAUUCAAAAGAAUAUUGAUGGAUGGGAGGGGAAGGAUAUCGGACAGUGCUGCAAUGAAUUUAUAAUGGAAGGAGCACUAACACGAGUUGGGGCAAAGCAUGAACGACAUAUUUUCCUUUUUGAUGGCUUAAUGAUCAGUUGCAAAAUCAAUCACGGGCAGUCCAGACUACCUGGCUGUAGCAAUGUUGAGUACAGACUCAAGGAAAAGUUUCUUAUGCGAAAAGUGCAAAUUAUUGAUAAAGACGACACUUUUGAAUACAAGCAUGCAUUUGAAAUUCUUUCCAAGGAUGAGAACAGUGUAGUAUUUGCUGCCAAAUCUGCUGAAGACAAAAACAAUUGGAUGGCAGCUUUGAUUUCACUUCAAUACCGGAGUACCCUGGAACGCAUGUUAGACACAGUCCUUCUGUGUGAGGAGAAGGAACAGCCACUCAGACUGCCAAGUCCAGAUGUUUAUAAUUUUGCAGAAGAAGAUUCUGAAGAGAAUAUAGUGUUUGAAGAAAACGUCCAAACUAAAUCUGGAAUACCAGUCAUAAAGGGAGGAACAGUAUUAAAGUUGAUUGAGAGACUGACAUACCACAUGUAUGCAGAUCCUAAUUUUGUGCGCACUUUUCUGACAACAUAUCGUUCAUUCUGCAAACCACAAGAGUUACUGAGCUUGUUAAUAGAAAGAUUUGAAAUACCUGAUCCAGAGCCCACUGAGGCAGAUAGGCUCGCCAGGGAAAAGGGUGAACAGCCAGUCAGUGCAGAGUUGAAACGGUUUCGUAAGGAGUAUAUCCAGCCAGUGCAACUCAGGGUGCUAAAUGUUUUUCGACAUUGGGUAGAACAUCAUUUCUAUGACUUUGAGAGAGACAACAUGCUUCUUAAUAGGUUAGAAGCAUUUAUUUCAAGCGUGCGAGGAAAAGCCAUGAAGAAGUGGGUAGAAUCAAUUACAAAAAUUAUUAAUCGCAAGAGACAAACUCAAGUAAAUGGGAUCAGCCAUGCUAUCACCUUUGAGAACCCACCGCCUCAAAUCGAAUGGCAUAUCAGUCGACCUGGACAGAUUGAGACAUUUGAUCUCAUGACACUUCAUCCAAUUGAAAUAGCACGGCAGCUCACACUCUUGGAAUCUGACCUUUACAGGGCUGUUCAGCCAUCUGAACUAGUAGGAAGUGUCUGGACAAAGGAAAACAAAGAGGUGAAUUCUCCUAAUUUAUUGAAAAUGAUUCGUCACACAACAAAUCUUACACUGUGGUUUGAAAAAUGUAUAGUGGAGGCAGAAAAUUUUGAGGAAAGAGUGGCUGUUUUAAGUCGAGUUAUAGAGAUCCUGCAAGUAUUCCAAGAGCUCAACAACUUUAAUGGAGUGUUGGAGAUUGUCAGUACAGUUAACUCUGUGCCAGUUUAUAGGCUGGAUCAUACUUUUGAGGCAUUACCUGAAAGAAAGAAAAAGGUUUUGGAAGAAGCAGUGGACCUAAGUCAAGAUCAUUUCAAAAAGUACCUAACCAAGCUUAAGUCAAUAAACCCGCCUUGUGUGCCUUUCUUUGGUAUUUAUUUGACAAACAUUCUGAAGACUGAAGUAGGGAACCCAGAUUUCCUCAAAAGAUGUGGAAAGGAAUUAAUAAAUUUUAGCAAACGAAGGAAAGUGGCAGAAAUCACAGGAGAAAUCCAACAGUAUCAAAAUCAGCCCUACUGCCUACAAGUGGAAAUGGAUAUAAAGAAGUUUUUUGAAAAUCUGAAUCCAAUGGGAAAUAUGAAUGAAAAGGAGUUUACAGACUAUUUGUUCAACAAAUCCUUGGAAAUUGAACCACGUAACUGUAAACAACCACCACGAUUUCCAAGAAAAUCUUCAUAUUCCUUAAAAUCUCCAGGAAUAAGACCUAAUACUACAAGACAUACCUCUACCUCUGGAACCUUAAGGAAUCCUAUGCCAUUAGAACGUGAACCACGCAAGAUCAGUUUUAGUAGAAUUCCUGAAACUGAUAAUGAGUCAAUAAUAUCUGUUCCAAACUCUCCAAAUACUCCAUCAACCCCACCUGUGUCUGCUUCUUCUGAUCUCAGUGUCUUUGGUGAUGUGGAAUUGCCCAGCUCUGGCAGCAGUUCAAGUUCAAUUUGCUCUACAGUCUUUGUUCCUGUUCACAUUUCUGGUGGUAACAACAGUAUUUUUGCACCUGUCCUGUUGCCACCAUCGAAAUCUCACUCCAUUUCAAGUCUUCAUAGGCCAAGUGAAGAUUUACCUGCACCACCUCCUGUUCCUCAGCGAAGGAAACCUGAUGUAGAUGUGGCAAAUAUUAAGCUAGGUUCAAGUAUUCCAGAUAGUCCUCCGGCUAUUCCACCACGGCUGCCUCGGAUUCCUGUGUUAUGUGGCCCUUCUGAUGGGUCACCGCAUAGUCCACCGCCACCUCCUCCAAGGGAUCCACUGCCUGAUACACCCCCACCCAUACCAACAAGACCUCCAGAGAUCUUUAUGAAUGAUCCAUUUAAUCUUCAGCCACCACCAAAGGGCCGCCUUCAUCGGGAUCAAGAUUGGUACAGAGAAUCUAGCUCUAACCUCAAUUCCCCUAGUACUCCUCCUCCAACACCCUCUCCUAGGAUUAUCCGACGUUGUUCUAACCACAGUAACCCUAUUUAUCCUUCUGCUCCACCUGUACCUCCCAGACAGAACUCUAGUCCACAGCUGCCAAAACUUCCACCAAAGACUUACAAACGAGAAUUAUCACAUCCUCCUUUGCACAGAGGUGGACUGCCAUUGCUGGAAAAUGCAGAAAUUCCUCACUGACACUAAAUUUCCUUACCAGCACUGUGGGAAAUUAGGCAACUGUAUUAAGGCACUGAGGCAAGAAAAUGUUUUGCUGUUUUUAAGCUUUUUUUGUCUUCUAAUUGUUAGUAGCCACACAGUCAAGGAGACUGUAAUUAAGAACCUAAUAUUGGAGCAAAACUGAAUCAUCUUGUUUCUUUCAGACCACAGCACAGAUUACUGUUGUGAUCUUCUCUCAGGUGAUCAGUAAAAUUUUCUUUCCUCAGACUUGCAGUGCCAACAUUAUUACCUUGAAGUGUAACAAAAGUUUGCAUUUGCACUGUACAAUUGAAUUAAAUUAUUUGAACUAAUCAUUGCACUGAGCCAACGAGAUAAAUCCUUGAGACUUAUUUGAGCUCUAGUGGCCUUGUUAAGUGAUGGAAUUUUACAGACAUCAGGAAGGUUAUAAUGCUGAUCAUUUGUGACCUAUUUAGUUGUUAAUACAAGCUAUACAGGUAUUUUACCAAUGCAGUGAAUAUUUGGUGCAGAUUACCUAGAAACUGAGUUUAUAAAAAUUGGCAUCUCUUUCAAAUUGUUGAUUUUGUAUCAUGUAUUCUAUUGGUUGGCUGCUCCAAAAAUUAGAGAAGAAAAUAUAACACUAAUUUGGAACUUUUGAAUGGGAGAAGUUGUCUAACCUCCACUAGAAUGUAGGAUACUGUAGCCAGUUUGUGAAAAAUAAGCAGUAAUAACUAAUGAUAAGAAUUUCUUUCACUAAUUAUUAUAAGCAUACAUGUUUUUCAGAUGUGCCUUUUGAUUUCAUUUGCAGAUGAGUAACUUCAAUUAUCACGUCAUCUAAGUACUCAAAAGUGAGAACAAAAAUAAGAUAGGUGAAUGUAUGGUUUUGUUUUCAUGCUAUGUAUACAGAUAAUGACAGCUAUUUUAUUUAGACUGAAGUGAAUUAUGUGAACAGUCUACUACCUGUCUGUAAAAUUAGAAUCUUAACUGCUGUGGAUCAACAAAAACAACAAAAAAAUCCUUCUGAUGCAAAUCUCAGUGCUAAACUGGCUCUGCUGUAGCAUUUUGUAAAUCUUCUUCAAUGAAUUUCUUUCAGUAUUGUAUUUCAACCAGCAUACACUUCAAAGCUUUACUAAGAAAAAAAAUAUAGUAGCUAUGACUUAAAUUUGCCUACUUGCUAUUAUACAGGUGGUUUAUGAAAAGGUGAAGGAAUUUGUUGUUUACUGGUCGUGUUGUAGCUGCUUUAUUGAAGUGGCAGUAAUGAUGGUCUUUUCAUGUAAUGUUAUGUGGCCUUUCAACUGUACUUUGUAUCUGUGUUCUUAAUAAGAUCAAUAAAUUACCCAGUCUUAAUUUUUACUUAAACAUUCACAAUUGCAUGUGUCACCUUUAACAAGAUAAAUUAGAAUGUGAAACCAUUUAAAAUAUUUUGACAUGUUAAAAUAUAUCUUCCUCAAUUACUUCUACUUAUUUAUGUGAGCGAUGUAGUUGCUUCAAUGAAGACAAGGUCUGAAGGAAGUUUUGUU